AUGACAUCAAAUUCAGACAAAUUAACAAUAUUUGAUUUGUCUACAAGAACAAUUAGAUCACCUUCAUUAAGUAUAUCAUCUAAUAAUUCUUCAAUUAAUAUUUUAGGUCAUAAACAAAGAUUUGAUGAUCGUUCAACCACAAAAACAAGUUUAGCAUUAAGAUAUCAUAGAAAUAAUUCAUAUCAACAUGUAUUAGAAAAGAAAAAUUCUAUUCAAUUUGAAAAACAAGAAUUGGAGAGUAUUUUUCAUUGGUCAGAUUUGAAAAAGAUAUCAAAUAUAAUUAAUUCUUCUGAAUUUAUUACAAAAUAUGGUCAAGUAUUACUAGUUAAAACAAAUUCCAUAUUUAUUGCCCUUGGAACAAGCUCUGGUAAUAUCGUUAUUUUCAAUUAUAAACAAGAAAUAGAUUCUAUUUUAGUAAUCCCAGAAGAAGAAGAAAGAAUAGAAGUUACUUGUAUUUCAUUUUCAUCUGAUUGUACUUUUUUCAUAGCUGGAUAUAAAGAUGGAACUAUAAGAUUAUGGGAUUUAAAAAAUGGAACUGUAAUAUUACCUUAUGAUAAACUACCGUAUCAUACAUUAUAUCCAUCAGAAUCCGAAUCAUCUACUAGAGAAAGUCAUGCAUUUAAUCUGGAAAUCACAUAUGUAAAAUUCCUUCAAUCACAAACUCAUCAAUUUAUAAGUAUAGAUGAAACAAGUUUAAUAUUGCGACAUAAUGGAGCAAGAAAACUAAUGAAAACUUAUUUUACUAGUGAAAGAUUAUUUGGAACAAAUGAUAUAUCACGAGAUGAAUUACAAUUAAAAGUUUUAAAUUGUGGGUUAUUACCUAUGGGUUCUUCACAUCAAAUUACUGAUGGAAUGGGAGUAAUGGCAUUAAUGACUCAAGACACACUCACCAUAAUUUCAACAAUUUCAUUAAAUGAUCCAACUUUAACCAACGUAAAGCCUCAUUUCAAAGUUAGUAAAUCAAAAGAAUCAGGUAAUAAGAUAGAAACUACAGCUAUGAGUUGGUUUCCUUGUGUUAAUACUUUGAGUGGUAUUAGUUGUGCUAAAUUAGCUUAUAGUUGGAAUAAUGUUCUUGGAAUAUUAGAAUUAGAAAAUAAUGUCCUACCUUCAAAUUUAAUUAAUAUUGUAAAUAAUGCAAAAGAUAAAGACAAAGCAGUACCAAAAUUACCAUUCACAAAAACAUGUAAAUUAGAUGCAAAAUUAAAUAUUAUAGAUAUAAAAUGGGUACAAUCUAAUAUUUUAAGUAUAUUUGUUAAUGAAGAAAAUGAAUCAAUUAAAAUGAUGACAUUUUUUUAUGAUAAUAAAUCAUUAAUUCCAAUAGCAGAAGAUACUUUCACAAAUGAAGUAAAACAAAUUAAUAUUGCAAAACAUUGUUUUAUAUUAUUAAAUGAAAAUAAAAUCUUAAUUGGUAGACAAUUAAGUUGGGCUGAUAUAUUAUUAUCAAAUAUUUCAAAUUCAAAUUAUUUAAAAGCUUUAAAUAUUGCUGAUGAAUUUUAUAAUACAACUUCAGAAGGAAAAUUAGUUGCUGUUGGAUUACCUAUAGAUAAAAAUAAAAGAUCAGCUUUAAUACGACCGUAUUUGAUUGAAAUUAUGAAAGAAUCUAUAAAUUAUUCGGUUGAUCAUUUAAAUUUAUAUUUAGAAAUUGUUUCAUAUACUGGAUAUAUUGAUAUUCUAGAGAAUUUAAUGAAUUAUAUUAAUAAUGAUCAAUUUUUUUUCCAAAAUUUAGAACCAUUUAUUUUAUCACAAUUUAUAAUUAGUUUACCACCAAUAGUUUUAAAAAGAUUAGUUGAAUAUUAUGCAUCAAAUGAUAUGGGAGAUUUAUUAACUGAACUCAUAUGUACUUUAGACUUGACAAGUUUAGAUAUUGAUGUUACUAUACAAUUAUGUAAGAAAUAUAAAUUAAGAGAAUGUUUAAUAUUUAUUUGGAAUUCAUUAUUAAAUGAUUAUGAAACUCCAUUACUUGAAUUUAUAAAAGAAUUUCAAAAUCCUGAAUUUUUAAAAAAUGAUGAAUAUUUAAAAGCUUAUGAUUAUAUUUCUUUUAUUUUAACUGGAAGACAAUAUCCUACUGAAAAAUAUAUAGUUAAUGGAGAAUUUGAUGCAAUAAAAUCUGUUUGUGAUAUUCUUUUUUCAAGUUCCUCCAUCAUAAGAGAUAAUCAAAUAAUUCAUGCAUUAAAUGAUGAUACAAUUUUUCCAUAUUUAUAUACAUUUUUAAAAAUAAAUUCUUUUAAAACAUUAUCAGCAUUAAAUGAAUUUUUUGAAUCAUCAUUUUUAAAUGAUCAAAUAAAAUAUAAUAGACAAUUUUUAAUUGAAGCACUUUUGGAUCUUUUUGAAACAAAUGAACACAAUUUUAAUGAAUUUGAUAAAUGUCAAUUAUCAAUAUUUAUAGCAAGAAAUUAUCCAAAAUAUUCUCAAUUUAUAAGAUUAUCUGAUUCAAUAUUAAAUUCCGUUGUAAAUAAAUUAAGUUCAAAUUUAAAUUUAAAAUUAUUUAAAGAUUGUGAAUUAGCUUUACAAAGUUUAAUUUCAAAAUAUUUACCUGAUGAUGAAGAAUUUAUUGAUAAAUUAAAAAUUGCAGGAUAUUAUAAUGUAUUAGUUGAUUAUUAUAAUUCAGAAGGAAAAUAUUCUAUGGCUUUAGAGAUGUGGUUGAAAAAAGAUGAAAAUAAGGGGGAAGAAGUAAAGGGAGAAGAAUUAGCAGAGGAAGUAGAAGAAGAAGAAGAAGAUUAUGUAAAACAUCUUAUGAUAUUAAUUGAUCAAUCUUUUGCUAAAAAUAAAAAUAUGAAUGAAAAAAUAAAAGUUAUUAAAGUUUUGAAAACAAAAUUUAAAAGAUUAGUGAAAUUAGAUAAUGAAACAUUUUUCAAAUUAAUUGAUAAAUAUUCACCUCAAUUACAUAUUGAAAUAUUAAAAAUUGAUGAUGAUUUAUUAAAAUAUGAUUACCUACAGAGAUUGUUUAAUGGUAGUAAAAACUCAAUUGAAUUAGAUGAAUUUUUAUAUGAAUAUUUAAGAUUAUUAAUUGAAUAUGAUAGAGAUCAAGUAUUUGAAUUUAUUAGUAAUUGGAAAUCUCAAUUACUGAAAAUUUACGCAGAUAAUGAUCAAGUUUUACAACUUUUGAAAGAAAAACAAAUCAUUGAUGGUCAAGCUUGUUUAUUUGCAUUUUCAAAAGAAUAUAGUAAAGCAAUUGAUACAAUUAUAGAUUAUAUAAUUCAAAUUUCAAAUGAGAUUAAUGAAUCCAACAAAGACAGUAUUAUUAAUUUAAUCAACUAUGCAACAGAAAUUAUUGAAAGUCCUCAAACUUAUAAUAUUGAAAAAGAUAAUUUAACAUUAAAUGAACAAUUAUGGCUUAAAUUAAUUAAUUCAUUGAUAAAACUUGCAAAUACAUCAAAUUCUGUUGAAAUUCAUAAUUUUUUAAAUAAAUUAAUUCAUGAUUGUUUUAAAAAAAUAAGUGAUUAUAAAUUAAUAAAUAAUAAAGGAGAACAAUCAUUUUUAAAAAUUUUUAAUUUAUUUUUAGAAUCAUCUUCAAUAGAUGAUCAAGGUGAUUUAAAUCAUAUAACAAAAUUAUCAAAUAUAAGAAAUAUUUUACAAGAUUUAUUUAUUUCUUAUAAUUAUGAAAAUGAAAUUUUAAAAAUUAUGUUAAAAAUUAUAAAUAAUGAUUUUAAAAAAAAUAUGAAAUUAAUUCAAAAAGAUAACUUGAGUGGUUGGAUAUUAAAUAAUAGAAAAUGUAAUUGUUGUGAUAAAUUAAUUUUGGGAAUGGAAUUAAAUGAAGAAGUGGUGGAUCAAAAUAUAUCAGCUUGGGAAAAUAAAGAAUAUUAUAAAAUUCAACUAAAAUUAGGAAAAGAAUCAACUGAUGAUUAUCGAACAGAAUUUGAUAAAAAAUUUCAUUAUUUAGAACUUAUUUUUUUUGAAUGUGGUCAUUCUUAUCAUUCUAAAUGUCUUGAAAAUUUACAUAGUCCUGGAAUUUGUAUACUUUGUAAAUAA